AAACGCAGUCGUUAGUCGCGUAAGCAAUCAAUAUCAAUCUUAUGCUAUUUAUGACUGCACCAGUCAUGGACCUCGUUUCGGUAAUGAUCUUGCUUUCAAUGGGGAUUUUAAGAAUCAGCAAUUGAGUUAUUGCGUUCAAAAUGUUUGCACUUAUGAGCUUUCCUUGAGACCAACCGCGAGCUCAAAUAAUUUUUCAGUAGAUGAGUUUGAAGUCUUUCAAAUUGUCAAAAAGCAAUUAGUCUACAUCUGA